AUAUUUUAUUUUAUAUUUUAAAAUUACUUUUGCUUUUCCGGGACGUCAAAUGACAUCAUCAAGAAGAAACCAAUGAGAGUCGCUCUGGGGUGUAAGCCCCGCCCUAAAAUGCUCCAACAUGGCUGGACUCACCAGAAAUCUUUAGAGCUACAGUAGGAGAAGAUCUGGUUUGCUGACGCUCGUCCAGGGGGUCAAAGUUCAGUGUUAGGCAUUUGAAGAUGGCCCUGCUGAGCUCUCUUCGGGCCCCGGGUCUCUGUGGGGCCCUGUACCACACCGGGACCAGGAGCAUAUCCUCAGGAACCCUUCAAAUCAAAGAUUCGCUGAACUUCUGGAGUGGUAGCCGAGUCGGCCUUGAAGAUGCGACAACCAAAUGCGAACCCGUAUAUGAGCCUGCAACAGGCCGCGUCUUGUGCCAGCCACGAGCUUGUGGAGCCGCAGACGUUGAUGCGGCUGUGAGGAGCGCCGGUGCUGCUUUUACGGUGUGGAGUAAACUGGCAGGCAUGGAAAGAGCCAGAGUCAUGCUAGAGGCGGCUAGACUCAUUGAGAAGAGAAGAGAGGAGAUUGCUGAGAUAGAGGUGGUCAAUAAUGGGAAGUCCAUCACCGAAGCCCGGCUGGAUGUGGACUCAGCCAGGCUGUGCAUUGAGUAUUUUGCAGCACAAGCCACCACGCUUUCAGGUCAGCAUGUUCAGCUGUCUGGAGGUUCGUUUGCUUACACGCGUCGGGAGCCGCUAGGCGUGUGUGUGGGAAUAGGAGCCUGGAACUACCCCUUCCAGAUUGCAGCCUGGAAAUCUGCCCCUGCCCUUGCUUGUGGCAACUCUAUGGUGUUCAAGCCGUCUCCGGUGACCCCUGUGACUGCAGUGCUGCUGGCUGAGAUUUAUUCGCAGGCCGGGGCCCCCGAGGGCCUCUUCAAUGUGGUGCAGGGCGGACAGGAGACGGGUUCUCUGCUCUGUCAUCACCCAUCUGUGGCAAAGGUCUCCUUCACUGGAAGUGUGCCCACGGGCAAGAAAAUAAUGGAAAUGGCUUCCCAAGGGGUCAAGCCCGUGACUCUGGAGCUCGGUGGUAAAUCUCCACUGAUCAUCUUUGAGGACGCUGACCUAGAAAACUCUGUCAGAGGAGCACUCAUGGCCAACUUCCUGUCUCAAGGCCAGGUGUGCAGCAAUGGCACCAGAGUUUUUGUGCAAAGCUCAAUUCUUCCUCGGUUCUUAAAAGAGGUGGUCAGGAGAACAAAAACCAUCCAGAUUGGAGACCCUCUGCUGGACGAGACUCGCAUGGGAGCUCUGGUCAGCAAACCGCACCUGGAGAAAGUGCUGGGAUAUGUGAAGCAAGCUAAGAAAGAGGGAGCCCGGGUGCUCUGUGGAGGGGAGCCCUUCAUCCCAGCAGAUCCUAAACUCAGAGAUGGAUAUUACAUGACACCGUGCGUGCUCGACGGCUGCACAGAUGACAUGACGUGUGUCAGAGAGGAAAUCUUUGGGCCCGUGAUGUCAGUGCUGUCUUUUGACAGCGAGGACGAGGUUCUUCGGCGAGCCAACGACAGCGCUCUUGGUUUGGCUGCAGGAGUCUUUACUAAAGACGUUAAGAGAGCUCAUCGUGUCAUAGAAAACCUGCAGGCUGGAUCUUGCUUCAUUAACAACUACAAUAUCACCCCCGUGGAGGUGCCGUUCGGAGGAUACAAGGCCUCAGGUAUUGGAAGAGAAAACGGCAAGGUGACCAUUGAAUUUUACUCCCAGUUGAAGACCGUGGUGGUGGAGAUGGGUGACGUGGACAGUCUAUUCUGAACACAAGCCAGUGGUUACAGAUCAACGGCUGAAUCUUCUUAAAAUCGAAUGAUCUUAAAAUGCAAUGACCGACAUUCUCUAAAAACUAACACAGAGUUAUUGAAAUAUUAACUGUUAUUAAGUAUUAAUAUUCUCCAUCACUAAUGGACCAUGUUUUGCGUGCCAGAAUAAUUUCUGUAAAGUAAUGACAGCUGCCUGUGAAUAUUUCACAAAGUGCCUGUACUAUAGGAUGGUGCGAUUCUUAAAGAGUAUACAGAAUGUAAACUGCAUUAUUUUAAAGUAGUUGUUGUUAUUUAUUUGAUUAUUAAAUCUUUAAUUGGAUAAUUUGGUUAAUGUGCAUGUGUAUUAGACAAUACUUGUGGUGUAAAUAUAUGCUUCACCUAAUCGUUUGGUUUCGGAGACACAAUGCAUGUAAUAUAUUUGAAGUAAUGAUUAAAAAAAGAUGCAUCAUUUAAUGCAA